AUGGCCACAGCCCGCGCUGGCACCGGCACCGGCACCGGACACGCCUCGGGCCACACUGCCACCCCCCAGAACUGGACCCUGGACCCCGCCGGGGACUGGCACUACCGAUGGAUCAGCCUCAUGGUGCUGCCCAUCCUUUACAACUGGAUCGUCCUCAUCCUCAGGUGCUGCUUCCCCGAGGUGCAGGAGGCACACGUGGGGCUGUGGCAGGCCCUGGACGGGCUCAGCGACACACUGUACCUGCUGGACAUCGCCGUGCACCUCCACACAGGUUUCCUGGAGGACGGGAUCCUGGUGCGGGACGCCAGGCAGACGCGGCGGCGCUAUCUGGGCUCGUGGACCUUCCCCUGGGACGUGGUGGCCGUGCUGCCCACCGAGCUGCUGUGUCUGCUCCCGGGGGUCCCGAGGGUCCCGGGGGUGCCAGCGGCACGUGCCAACCGCUGCCUGCGGGCGCCGCGGCUCUUCGAGGCCUUCGACCGGUGCGAGACGCGCACGGGAUGGCCCAACGCCUUCCGCAUGGCCAAGCUGAUGCUGUACCUGCUGCUGGGCAUCCACUGGCACGCCUGCCUCUACUUCGCGCUGUCGGCACGCCUGGGGCUGGGCGCCGACCCCUGGGUGUGCCCCGGCUUCCCCCGGCUGCUGCGCCGCUACCUGCACAGCUUCUACAUCUCCACGCUGGUGCUGGCCAUGGUGGGCGACACGCCGGCGGCGCAGCGCGAGGAGGAGCUCCUCUUCCUCACCGCCGGCUUCCUCCUGGCCAUGCUGGGCUUCGCCACCAUCACCGGCAGCAUCAGCACCGUCAUCGUCAACCUCAGCUCGGCCGCCAGCGCCCUGUACCCCGAGGCGGGCCCGGUACAGCGGUACCUGCGGGCGCGGGGCGCGGGCGGGCGGCUGGCGGCGCGGGUGGCGCGCUGGCACCAGCACGUCGCGGGCGCAGCGCAAGCUGCCGCCGGCAGUGGCGGGGUCCUGCAGCACCUGCCGCGGGGGCUGCGCGAGGUGGCGGCCAGCGUGCACCUGGCGGCCCUGCAGCGCGUGGGGCUGUUCCGCGGCUGGCAGCGCGAAGUGCUGCGGCAGCUGGUGCUGCGCCUGCCGCAGGUCUUCGGGCCCGGCGAGUUCGUGUGCCGGCGCGGGGACGUGGGCCGCGAGAUGUACUUCAUCCGCGAGGGCCGCCUGGCCGUGCUGGCCGCGGACGGCGUCACGCAGCUGGCCGUGCUGGGCGAGGGGCUCUACUUCGGCGAGAUCAGCCUCAUCAACAUCAAGGGCAACACGGCCGGGAACCGGCGCACGGCCAACAUCCGGAGCAUCGGCUACUCGGACCUCUUCUGCCUGGGCAAGGAGGACCUGGCGGAGGUGCUGGCCGAGUUCCCCAGCGCCCGCGCUGCCAUGGAGGCCAAGGGCCGGGAGCUGCUGCUCCGCAUGGGCCAGCUGGACACCGGCGCUGAGGCGGCGGCGCUGGCGGCCGAGGCCGAGGCGGAGCGGCGGCUGCGGGGGCUGGAGGCGGCCCUGGAGGGGCUCAGAGCGGGCAGCGGGCGGCUGCUGGCACAGCUGGAGGCCAGUGCCCUGCGCAUGGCCCUGCGCGUCCGGCGCCUCGAGGGACGGCUGCAGCUGCGGGGCAGAGCGGUGCUGGACAGAGCGGGGCGGGACGGGGCCGUGCGGGACAGAGCGGGGCGGGACGGGGCCGUGCGGGACGGGGCCGGGGUCCCACGAGGGGUGGGGGUGCCGCGGGACUGA